ACAGAGCUCACACACAUAGCCAUACAAACAUUGGAUGCGAUAUAUUGUAUGAAAGCAUUGAGAGAUAGAGAAAUUGUUGAACGCUUUCCAACUUUUUGCUUAUUUUGAGAUAUGAACUGCCGUUCAGUCAACACAAACACUAUUCAUGUAGUGAAGUAGUGAAGUAGUGAAUUAGUGAACAGUUCUCAAGCACUGGUAGUUCAUAGUUGAUAAACACACCGACAAAUUAUUUUUAAUAAUAAUAAUUUACACCAUUUCCCGGUUACCGGUGGUAACCAAUAAAAAAGUACAUCUGAUAAUAACAAACAAGUGGUUCGGCGGCCAAUAUGGCGUCAGUGGCCGCUUGGCUGCCAUUUGCAAGAGCGGCCGCUAUUGGCUGGGUUCCCAUUGCCAACAAUCCAUUACCGGCGCCACCCAUUUCCCGUCAGUCCCGAAAACGUGAAGACGAAAAGUUUAUUAUAAAUGUGAGCGGAAGACGGUUUGAGACCUGGAGGAAUACCGUCGAAAAAUACCCGGACACUCUUCUCGGAUCAAAUGAAAGAGAGUUCUUUUAUGAUGAAGACUCUAAGGAAUACUUCUUUGACAGAGAUCCAGAUAUUUUUCGACAUAUUUUAAAUUAUUACCGCACAGGAAAACUACAUUAUCCUAAACAUGAAUGUCUAAUGUCUUACGAUGAAGAACUUGCUUUCUUUGGUAUAAUACCUGAUGUUAUCGGCGAUUGUUGUUAUGAGGACUAUAGAGACCGGAAACGAGAAAACGCCGAAAGAAUGCUUGACGACAGACUAUCGGACAAUGAGAAUCAAAAGGACGCACCAAAGGGAACAAUACGGCAACAGAUGUGGAGGGCCUUCGAGAACCCGCACACCUCGACAGCCGCUCUCGUCUUUUACUAUGUGACCGGAUUUUUCAUAGCAGUGUCAGUCGUGGCCAAUGUUGUUGAGACAGUUCCCUGUACUCAUAAAGAUGGUAAUCCCGACAAUAAAAUAUCGUGUGGCGAUACCUUUAAAGUUGCGUUCUUCUGUUUGGACACGGCUUGUGUUAUGAUCUUUACGGCUGAAUAUCUUUUACGUCUUUAUGCGGCGCCCUUUCGCUGCAAAUUUAUGCGCUCAGUUAUGUCCGUCAUCGAUGUGGUUGCUAUAAUGCCCUAUUAUAUCGGACUAUUUAUCAAAGACAAUGAUGACGUGUCCGGUGCUUUUGUCACCUUAAGAGUGUUCCGAGUAUUCCGUAUUUUCAAGUUUUCCCGUCACUCACAGGGCCUCCGUAUACUAGGAUAUACCCUAAAGAGCUGUGCCUCAGAGUUAGGCUUUUUGGUGUUUUCGCUGGCGAUGGCUAUUAUUAUCUUCGCCACAGUUAUGUUUUACGCCGAGAAAAAUGUCUUCGGAACCACUUUCACCAGCAUUCCGGCCGCUUUCUGGUAUACCAUCGUCACAAUGACUACUUUAGGUUAUGGUGAUAUGGUACCCGCCACUAUAACUGGUAAAAUAGUUGGUGGUGUUUGCUCACUAAGUGGUGUACUGGUCAUUGCACUCCCUGUCCCAGUCAUUGUAUCAAACUUUUCACGCAUUUAUCAUCAAAACCAAAGAGCCGACAAAAGAAAAGCACAAAAGAAAGCACGUAUGGCUCGGAUUCGUAUCGCCAAAGCUACGAGUGGUGCGGCAUUUGUUAGUAAAAAGAAGGCGACCGAAGCCCGACUCGCCGCUCAAGAGGCCGGACUCGACACCGACGACUCACCUGAAGAUAUAUUUGAGUUACAACAUCACCAUCUGCUUCAAUGUCUAGAAAAAACAACUGAUAGGGAGUUUGUGGAGCUUGAGGUGCCAUAUAAUGGUCAACCAAAUCGAUUGUCAUCGACACCACCGCUAUCACCGGUAGCAUCCAUAGCCAUAGCACCGGGAAGAACAGCUAGAAAUAUAUUAAGUUCCUGUUGUGGAGGCAAAAGAAAUUAUGAGAAACACAACGAACAGACGGAACAGGAAGAAGAAGAAGAAGAAUUAAAUGAUUUGCCGAUUGAGUCGACAAAAGCCGAUCUCUAUUCUGGUGCCAAAAAUAGGAGCCGCGGUGUUGUCGUCGACCAAAUAAGUGUCGGUCCAUUGCACAGACGUUCCACUUUAAACAAUCCAAUGUCUACCAAUCCCUUCAAUAGUUCAAACCCGGGUUCGCUGUCUGGAACUGUAGCUAUUGUUAACAUACCUGACAGUACUGAAACACUAUAUUCGCAAACAGCCGGCACCUCAUCGGCAGCUCCGUUUAUGAGAUAA